AUAGAGAUGAAGCUGACUUAUUUCAACCUUUAUGGUAGAGCAGAGCCUAUCAGGCUCAUGCUCAACGCCUCAAAGACUGAAUUCGAAGAUGAAAGAAUCAAGCAUACAGAUUGGCCUGAUAUCAAGGAUGAUAAAGAGAGAUUCCCAUAUGGACAGAUGCCUGUCCUUCAGCAUAAUGGAAAAGUUUACUCCCAGUCCAUGGCAAUUUAUAAGUACGUAGCUAAUAUCAGCGGAUACCUUCCAGACGAUGCUGAUUCUCAAUACAUGAUUGAUGAAGCAGCUGAAUCUAUUAAGGAUCUUCUUACCGAAACUUUUAAAAUUGCCCAGAAAACCUCUAGUGAGGAGAAGAAGGAAUCAAUUACAACUUUGAAGCCCAAGAUCGAGACUACUUUUGAAGUGUGGGAGAAGAACUUAAAGAGCAAUACCUCCAAAGAUCAUUAUUUAGGUGACAAAGAUAGCCUAGCAGACUUUAUACUCACCUGUUUCUACGCCGACCAUGUCAAAUCAGGCCCUCUAAGUGAACUGUUCCAAGAAGUCGUUGGGUCAUGUGCUACUCUUAAGUCAUAUUUUGAGUCAAGGGCUGAUAUGCACAAAGAUUACUUCGAUAGCAGGCCAAAGGCUCCUUACUAAGCACCUUGAAAGCUGGAGUAGAUAUUCAGCUCUUGUGAAUUCCAAGGAUU